AGAGGGUUUGGAAAUAUUCAAUAUCACGUUCGCGUUUGUUCCCUCUCUUACAAAUCCUGUUACGUAACAACUCUGUUCCAAGCUCCAGAUCUCGCGAUGUUUCGCUCGUGGAAGUGUCAGAGUGUCAACAAGAGACAGGCAGCAGCAUUAGCAGCAGCAGUAGCACAGCAGUAGUGUCCGGAGCUGGGAGGGGGGAGUCAAGAGGCUGUUUAAACGUCGGGUGAGUACAGCCAGGAUACCUGUUACAUAACAUUUGAUGUAAUAUUUUGUAUAAUUGAUUCAGUCGUGGUCGUUAGAUGUGUUAUAUUUUCGUGGGCUGGGUUCAAUAAGCAACGCUUUCUUUAGCAUUAGCAUGCUAACGUGCAGCUAUUUACUUGGCGGAUCCAACAACACAGAAGCUGAACGAAGCUUCGGGCAGCAGCAGCAGUAGGUAGCGUUAGCUUUGCUAGCAGUAUUGUGACCAGUGUCUACUCUUACAUUUUCGCUUCCGGCCUCACUCUGUCUAUAAUUAGUCUUCAUAACGGUAGCCUUCAAGCUAACUGUAAUGACAGCUGUCACGAUUUCCCCCGAAACAAAAUAUUCAGCUGUGUAUCGCGGCGAAGUUGAGCUAGGAGAAGGCCCACCUGUCAUAAUUUCAUAUCCAACCAUGUUAUUUCUACUCAGGGUUAACCUGAAAACCAUUUGUAACUUAAACCUCCUAGUUAGCCACACAGCCGAAACGACCUCAGCCCAGAACAACGCCGAUGACCUGAGGACUCAGGGGGGAAACGUUAGCCAGUUGUGGCCCUGCUGCUUUAUCAUCGCUUUCACUUUAACGUUGUUCCCCGAGCAAAGGCUCACAACAGGCAAACAACAUCCACCCUGUGUCCGCCCAACCAGGUUUUUGGGGUUAUGUCUAACCAUAAUUUACUACCAUUUUGGUGAGAAGACACGAUAAACGAAUGGUUGUUCUCAACAGGUGCAUGUCAACCAUUUAGAGCUAUAAGAUGCUUCAUUUGUUAGACCACAACACACAUCAGUUACAGUAAUAGUGACAUUCGAUUAUCUUUAUUUUAUUUGCUCUUUAAAGUCACUGUCAGUGGUUUCAGCAUUUAUAAAUAGCUCCACUUUUAAAACAUUAAGCAGAAGUUGACUCUAACUAGUAGCAUAAUGUGUCUGAGCACCAUGCUUAUAAAUGCAUGAAUGAAUAAUGUAACUAAGCACUUUGUUCUUUGCUCCAUUUUGCAGCAUACUUGUCUGAGAUGGGGGAUGAUCGACCCUUUGUAUGCACUGCCCCUGGAUGUGGGCAGGUAUAUUCCUUUAACCUGACACUACACUGUUCUCCACUCCUCAUUUGAAAUCUCAAUAACUAUCAUUUAUAACCUCCUGACAAUCACUGAAGCUUAUUUUAAUUUGCCUCAUACCUAGAAGUAAAGCUGAGCAAGAUAAUAUGUAAAUAAAAAGGAUAUUUUGGCGUAAAAUUAAUUUAGGGUCAGACACAAUGUAACACUGAGUUAAACACCCCCUCCAGAGAUGAAUGUUGUGACCGCUUGCUUUUCUAGUUAUAACAACUUUAGUAACGACUGCAGGAUAGCAAUACACAGCGGUCUGAGGAGCCAUCAACAAACCUCAACCAAAACGCCACUCUAUAGCCACAAAUUAUGCUCAGAACAGCACUAACUUCAUCAACAGUAGAUAUAGGGUCCCAGCCAUAGUACUAGCCAACAAACAUAUUUUUAGCUUUACCUAAUUUCUUUCGCAAAGAGACUAAACACAACUCACCUACUCUCUUCCAGCAGCCGCUUGUUUGUGGCGAGACCUCAGGCCAGUCCAUUACGGACUAUAGUGAGGUGACGCAGCUCAAGGAAGAACAUUUAUGAUCAUUACUUUAUCAUUUCUUUAUAGUUAUAAUCACCAUAUCAAUCAUUUUUCUCUGCAGACUUGGUAGUUCUUCUGCCUUAGCGUUUAGGUCUGAUUGUAUUUCCAUGAAGAAAUGAUCAUAAAUGUUCUUCCUUGAGCUGUGUCACCCCGCUGCAGUCUGUAAUGGACUGGCCUGAGGUCUCGCUACAAACAAGUGGCUGCUGGAAGAGAGUGGGUGAGCUGUGUUUAGUCUCUUUGCUCCGCUGUGUGUUGCUAUCCUGCGGUUGUUACUAAAGUUGGUAUAACCAGAGAAUCAAGCAGUCUGCAACAUUCAUCUCUCGAGGGUGUGUCUAACUCGGUGUUAGGGUGUGUUUGACCCUAAAUUAAUUUUAUGCCAGAAUAUCCUUUUAAAUUCGUUUUACAGUGCCAUAUUUAGAGUAGAUCAAUUUUUGUAAAUAACACAUUGGUGCUACACUUUAUCUUCCUUAUGGUAAUGCUCUACCAUAACAGCUCUUUUGUUUUUGUUGUUGCAGAGAUUCACAAAUGAAGACCACCUGUCAGUUCACAAACACAAGCAUGAAAUGACAUUAAAAUUUGGUCCUGCCAGGACAGACUCUGUUAUCAUUGCAGGUAAUAACAUUGCAAAUUGUUUGUAUUUGCUUAACUAAGGAGCUGUUAACCUACCUUAUACCUUAUGUGUAUGUACUACUUUUCACUUAAUUCACAUUUUUCUUUCCACUUUCUCUUUUACCUCCAAUUUCUUUACAGAUCAGACUCCUACACCCACACGCUUCCUUAAGAACUGUGAGGAAGUUGGCCUAUUUAAUGAGCUGGCCACCUCCUUUGAACAAGACUUUCACAAGGCACAUGAUGAUGAGCAGAGGACAAAACACUCGGUGGGCAAAAGGCCAAAUGUUAACAAAAUUAAGGAAACCCGAUUGAUUUCCUUUUGUCUCUCAAAAAGAAAUCACAUCACGAUGUAAUGCUUGAAAUGCACCGAUUUAUUUUCUUUUUUAUCAUACCCUCUGAUUCCAGGCUGCACCUCUGCAAACACCAUCUGAAGUAAAAGUUGAAGAUGAGGGUCCUUUACAUGUUGAUUCUUCCUCUCCUGGAAGUCCAGAUUCUUCAUCCAGCAUGUCAGAUGACAGCGGAGACUCCAGGGUGAGAGGCAAGGUACAGACUGCAAAACCGUCUUUUUGGUCAGCAGGCUGGUUCCUUUCAUAGACUUACUCCUGAUUAAAAUGUAUGCCCCAUCAACAUCAAUGAUCAGCUCUCCUCCAUGCAGAUAAAUACUCUCAUGAAUGAAAAACAAAUGACUAUCAUUGAUUUGUUAUAACAGGAGAUCCCUGCAAAGCCUGUGGCAAGCUCUGCUCCCACACCAACCAUUGUGCGUCCAGGCUCUCUUCCCCUUCACCUGAGUAAUGACCCACUACACCCCACUCUGCCUUCUCCAACAUCUGUCAUCACACAAGCUCCACCCUCCAACAGACAGCUUGGGUAAACUACAGUGUGUUUGUGUUGUUUGCAUGUGUGUGUUUGCUUAGUGUGGUUGUUGCUAAACAUCUCAAGUUUUGGACAAAAUGUACAAAAGAAAAUGUCUAUCUGGGGUAGUUGGUAUUAACCCACAAGCAAGGAUGUCAGCUAGCUUGAGAUUAAAUUGAUGUGAAAUUAAGUUUCAAUUGGGUGGAAAGGUUUAGUCCUCUGGAGACAGUAUAUUUACUUCCUGAUAAAAGUGCCCGCUGUUUGUUCGACAUAGCUAUUUAGAUGUUUGAUGAAAUUGCUGCCUCUAUUUUAGCUUUCUACUUUACAUCUGCAUUAAAAGAUCAUUUAUUAGUGAAUUUCUGGAUACAGGUUUUCCUUUUUUAUGCUGUAUCUCCACUGUAGUUGUCUUGAUAAACUCCCUUUAGUCUAGUAAGUACUUACAGCAAGAUAAGCAUUUAUUAUCCAGUUUUAUCUCUAGAAAGGUGCAUGUUUAGGUGGAUGGUUAACAGCAUUUGAAAUAGUGUGUUUGAGGUUGUUUCCAUUUAUAAAAACACAGGUGAAGCAGGUGUGGGUGGGGGCCAGCAGUCCUGCAUGGCUCCAUAUUGCUGUGAUUCCAAAGACACCUACUUAUGAGAGACCAUCCUGAAACCCUCUUGAAUAAUACUUCAUCCUCACAUUCUGUCUCUUAAUCGACUGUUUUGUUAAGACUUGAGGGGCAAGGUAAAGAUAGGGCUUACAAAAAGAGCAUCUUUCCUGUGUUUAACACUUGGUGAAUCUGACUGUCAUUCAGCUUUUUAUUGGUGAAUGCAGAGCAGAGAAGCAGCCAUGUUUAAGUAUCUGAUUUUUCCCAACAGUUCACCAACAGGUUCAUAUCCACUGGUGAGGCACCUCCCCAACGGGCAGACAGUCCCUCUCCUGCCAAGUCCUGUGCAAAUGACUUCAGUCAUAUCUGUGAGUGUGUUUAGCUAUUCUUAUGGAAACAUAUCAUGACUUUUAUCUUAAUUUUAUCUUAAUCUUGUCCCAUUUUCUUCUCUGGGUAUUUGUUGUGUUGUGAUGUGAAGCUUGCAAGGCCCGCAAACUCAGUGCCUAACAUCCCUGGGAUUCCAGGACCUCCAGUGGGCGGGGCCAGCAGUGGGUCAUCCUCCCCAUCUGGGUAUAGUCUGCACUCAGAGACCAAGAUGGUGAGAUUAUCUGUCAUGAUGGCAUUGUUUAUAUCGGUUGCAAACUCUUAAAACAGCUUUAGCUCUUUGAACGUGUCCCAUUAAAUGUAACCAAAUCUGCAUUCCAAUGAUAAAACAGCUCACUUUUAGAGCUCUAUUAAAUCAUCUUCAUGGGGUUGUGUCUAUGUCUUCCUGUAGCGACUGAAGGCAGCUCUGACUCAUCAGGGCCCAGGAGCACAGGAUGGGGCUGGUGGGGGGGCAGGAUCUAUCCCUGCUGUCCCCCAGCGGCAGGAACAAAGCCAGCAGCCCUCUCAAAACUCUGACGCACCGUCACCUGCCCAACCCCAGGUAAUACAACUGCUGGUAUUUACUGCUCCCAAAAGAGUCCGACAUAUAACCCCCACCCCCAGCACAGUGACCAGAAAACCUUUUAUUCAAAUGAGUAUGAAUCAUGACUUGAAUCUCUUAUGUACAGGUGCAGCUUGAAAAAUGAAAUACUUAUACAUAUAUAUAAUUUAUAAUAAUUGACAAAGGUAAACUUUCACAAGUUUUCUAUUCACUGGAUCUAGAGCGAGAUUUUCAAAUCCUCAUUUUAAUUAUGUUUCAAUGAUGUAAGCUUAGAGUAAUUGAAAGUCAGAAAUCCACUUUUUUUUUGAUUAUUAGAUUUUUUUCUGAAAUCAAUCAAACAAGGAUUUCAAAUAACAAAAAGUGUUAAACUUUGUGAAAAUGUGUACAUUCAGUACUUGUGUUGGGCAUCUUCACAACAAAUUACUACACUGAUGAAAUGUGGCUUGGAGCCUUACUGAGAUGCUACUAAAGCCCAUGUAGCUCUGAUAGUGGUCGAGCUGGUUAGCUUGGUUUGUAGUUUUGGCGCUGUGCAUAGGUGUGAACCAUAGACUGUAUAUAGAAUGGACGCCGUCUGCCUCCUCGCUGGGUGAAGCCACCCCGAGAACAGCACCCUCUGUUAACGGGCUGCAGUACAGGUUAUAAAUCCCGCCUCCGCCAGCAAAGCUUAUGGAGUUUUGGACAAACUUUAGAAAUUAAUUACACAGAACAUACAUUUUUCUCCCCCCUGCUUGUGAUGUUGACAUGUAGUUACUGUCAGACUGGUUUGUGCUCAAGUCCUCUUUUUUUCUGUGAAGUUCUGUUUUUAAGUUAUUAGGGGGUUCAUGUUUUCUAUGAUUGACACCUGACAGCCUAUUGGCGUUCAGAGAUUGCGUAGCUCACCCGGGGGGAUACGCUGUUUAAGCCGAGCGUCAUCACAGCAACUCUCUGAGACUCUCCCGUCGAAUGCAUACAACGCUACUACCCAAUGCUGGUUUCAGGAAAUGAAGAAAAAUCGCAUAAAUACAGAGAGCUAUUUGGCUUCAAAUCCGUAUACAGGCGGGAGGCGGAACCAAGUUGUCCAUAGUAUAUACAGUCUUUGGUGUGAAGUCAUAGUCAUGAAAAGUAAAUCAGCAUCUUUUAUCAAGCUUGUCAACAGUUAACUUUGGGCUUAAUGCAGCAAAGGCCUAUAACAAUGGCGUUGUGGCUUCAACAAACAAGCCACAAUGAUCAGCUAAACACUAUAACAGCUCAUACAUCUACUACUCUGUCUGUGAGUGCCCCAUACAAUCUUGAAGAACAUAUACUGUCUCAUCUAAGCUACAAAAGUUUUCUGUAUUUGGCUAGUUUUGCGUUGAAUGUUUGGAUCUUUACUGUAGCAGUCAGCUAUUGCAGUCGUAUCCUGAAAGGCAGCAGUUUCUGUCAUCAUGUUGUGCAGAAUAAGCCUGGCUGUUAUAACAAACCUGUCAUUAUAAGUCCAGUCUGCAGUCUGUUCUUCAGAAAGGCCAGUUUACAUGAAUGAUUUAUCUGCUAAAAAGUAAAAUUGCUAGAGAUCUGGUAGAGGCUGUUUGAGCAAGUAUUAAUUUUUUCUAUUACCACUUUUUUUAGUUACAUAUCUGAUUUCUUAGCGAGUUUAAUUGUUAGUUAAAAACAGAACUCUUAUGGAAAGGAAAACAGAUAAUUUUCUCUUCUAAAAUAAUUUCAUUAGGCUCACAUUUCAGUGCCAAACAUUAGUGUAUGGCGACUAUCCAAAAAAACGUAGUUGCUGAGAGGCUGAGUAGGGGAAAAACGAUACCUUGCCUGACGCGCUGGCUGUUUCAGCUUAAUGAACAGGGUGUAUCUCUGUUUGUAGUUUUAUUGAUGCAAAAAAGAUGAAGCAUUUACAUGAAACAAAAAAGGGCAGUCGUUCAAUAUCAGGCGAAACAUGAAAACAGCAAAAAGUAGGACCUCCCCAUUCACCCCCUCUUCAUUCAUCCACAAAACCUGCCAGGUGAACAGCUGACUUUACUACUACCGGUGCUGAUGUACUAACUCCACCCACACCACGUGACUCUCAUCCCCUUAUAUAACCACACAAUACACAAAUACUAUAAAAGAUCAUGGCUACCACAAAGAACUGGCAUCUACAAUAAGUGAGAAAAGGCUCAAUUACCAACUGUUGUAUAGAAAUAACAUCUCUGCCUUUGCUCUAAAUAUGUAGCACUGCUUUAAUCUUACAUAUUUAACAAAUAAGCGGUAAUGCAGUAUUGUACAUACACCACAUUUUUAAUGUCUUUAUAGAUAAGAAUAAUAACUAAUUUCUCUUUUAGACAAGAUUUUUUUGUUGCGAAACAUUUUAGAAACACAAUGCAAAACUCAUGCAUGUAACCUCCCUAUUUCUCACCCGCUAGGUUUCCCCAGCUCAGCCUACAGGAGGCCGGCGACGGCGAGCUACAGAGAUGGACCCUGACGAGAGGAGGCAGCGUUUUCUGGAGAGAAACCGUGCAGCAGCCUCUCGCUGCAGGCAAAAACGAAAACUGUGGGUUAACUCACUAGAGAAGAAGGCGGACGAUCUCGCCAACAUGAAUGUCUCCCUUACAGUGAGUCUUCCGUGUCCCUGUCAUUCAGUGAUGGCCUGACAGAUAGAGGCAAACUUGCUGAGUGAUUUGUGUGCUUAAUGCUUUUUGUCACCAUUAGAAUGAAGUCACCCUGCUGAGGAAUGAGGUGGCACAGUUGAAGCAGCUCCUCCUGGCCCACAAAGACUGCCCUGUGACGUUGAUGCAGAAGAAGGCGGCUUUCUUAGGUAAUCAUGAUUUGAGUCUUUAUGUUAUAUAAUGUACCAGAUAUUCUGUUAGAAUCCAUCUAUCACCUCCUCCAUCUAAUGUAUUCUUCUUACUCGCUCACCUCUCUUAAGGGUGAAUGUGUCUUCUUCUGUUUCUAGCUGCAGGAGGAGAGGAAACCUCCAGGGACACUUCAACUGAACCCAUAGGCUCCCCAGCUGCAGUUAUCCAGCAUGGGCCGUCUCCCCCAGCCUCUGCCUCCAGUCCAGGGCCCACCAUCAAUGGCAUGAGUGUGCGGGCUGCAGAGGCAGUGGCUAUGUCAGUCUUAGCCGGCAUGGGAUCCGGCCAGCCAGCAGGGAUUGUCAUGGCAACACAGUCACAGUCAACUUCAAGAUGAUGUGCUGAUGCAGGUGGAAAGUAUGAACUUGAGUGGCCGGACUGGUGCAAAGUGAUUGAAAAGAGGGACCCGCCCUCAGCCCCCACGCCUGAUAAAGAUUCCCCCCUCCCCUCACAGCCAGUGAUAAUCACACACAGACACUUAAUAGUGCCUCCGUCAACCCCCCCUGUCUCACCAGGCCCCCCCACCCAGAGAAGCUCCGUCACUCUGUAUGUACAUAUGAAUAACACAAUGGACAACAACUCUGCAGGCUUUGGGGUUAUUUCUUGUUCAGUAGUGACUGUUGGAAAAUGUUUUCAGUAGCUAAGAAAUGUAUGAAUGAAAAUCUUUGUCAGAUAUAUCCAUUUAUUUUCAUUUCACUUUAAAACGCAGCUUUAGUCCAACUCUGUCCCACACGCUGGCUGUGAUGAGGUUUGUUGCUUCUUGGGCUGCCAGUUUUACUUGUAUUUUUCAAUUGUAAAAAAAAAAAAAAAGAUUUUCAUGCCUGGUAUUGGUUGUUGACAUAAUGUUUUGCUGAUGUAGUGAAAGUACAACGACAGAUUGGUUGCCAGAUUGCAGUAAAAAGCAACCUAGAAUUUUAUUUUUUUUUUCUUUUCAACCUGUCUUUUAGUUUUCAGUCUGUUUCCCUUUUUCAGUUAAUUCUGCGUAACUACAUAUGACAGUUUAGUAAGCCGAGUAUUAAACCAAAUUAUAGACGUGUGCUCAGUUUACCCUGUGAGUGUGUGCCUGACUUUUUUACCAUCCUUUUUUAAGCCAUUCGGAGUGGAUGUCAUUACAUUAUUCCCGUAUGUAUAAAACCCUAUUGACUGCAUGGAUUACUCAAGGCUGAUGUAUACCACUGUGUGUUUGUGCUCAACAUACUAUCACUGUUUAUUGAUCUGCUUUUCUCCUGUUUUAUAACAUGAAAUUAUAAAUGCAAAAACUGUCCUUGUCAUGUAAGGAUUCUAUCUUCUGUCCUAAUGUAAUACACUUGAAAUGGUUAGCUUUAGAAGGCCUUUUAAAAGAUAAUCAAACAUAAUACAUCUGAGAUCCUUUACCCUGGCAUUUCAGUUGAGGAAAGAUUAGUGCAAUAUAUUUUUCUAUUAAAUAUCAAUGUUCUUGCUUUUAGCUGAUGUGUGUAGACCAACUGCUGAGAGCAGUUUGGUCUGUUCUGAAAGAAAAGUUAAGUUACAAGGAGACCAGAGAAAUGUGAAGAGAAUGAACGAUAGGUUAGUGAUUAGUGCACAUUUGUAUGAACUUACAGAUGUCCUAGUCUAAGUUGCUUUCCAACAUUUGACAAGCCGUCUUGUUUCAUGAAGUAGACUUGUGUAAGGUGCUUCUUUUUGAGUUUUUAUUUUUUACCACAUUGUACUUUCAAGACUGUCCUGUUUUUUUCUCCCGUUCUUCACUGUGCAUUUUUUUAACAUUGUUUUAAGAUGUCACCUUUUUCCCUGUGUGCAUGUUAGGUUUUGUUUUCUCCUUCGUGUGAAUAUGUCCCUUUUCUUUUGUUCAUGAGGAAAGAUAUCUUUAUUUUCUGAGAUUGAAUCACAAGGAAAAAAAUGUAACAAAGAUCACUGUAUGGAGUGUUUGUCUAAAUCUCAGGCCUCAAGGUGGGAAAAAAUUACUAUAUUGUGUAUAGUGUCAACUAAUGGAUAAGUUGUGUCUCGGGCAAAUAAUAAAAAUAAAUUAAUGUAAAAAGAAAACCACUUAUCAACA